GUCCCAUCAUGCCUUGUGGUCCUGAGAAGAAUUCGGUCGGCCAUCUUUCCUCUAGCAUCGGCCUUCUGAAAGGAAGGCGCAGAAAAGACACGGGAUAGUCCCGUAUUUUACCGAGUCGUGGGGUUUGGAACCGAGAAAUCUGUGCAAGAAGACCAGUCGCUCCUAUGCUGUCGAUCUAACGCCCUUUCGUGAGGUAAACCACGCCGGAACACGACGCCGAUGCUAGGCAGAGAAUCACUCCAGGGGUCUGUUAUCAAUAUUUCUGUGUCGGGGAGAGGGCACUACCUCGAUCAACACCAGGGGAUGCCGUAUAUCUAGUCUCUCAAACUUGGUGUGAAAAUCUCCAGGAAGAACAAUCUGCCGCCAUGGCGCUUGAUCAGGUCGCAGAGGAGCGCCUUCGUCGGCUGGAAGACUUAUUCAGUAACGGACCCAAAGAAGGAGAGUCACUUUCAAUCGAAUCUCUGCUGGAUAUACUGCUGGUUCUGUACGACGAGUGUUGCGGGUCCACACUGCGCCGAGAGAAGAGCGUCUCCGAGUUCGUGGAAUGGGCAAAACCUGUGGCGGCAAGAGUAAAACAGCUACGGCUCCACAGAAGUGAUUUUGAAACUCUCAAGGUCAUUGGUCGUGGGGCAUUUGGAGAGGUUGCAGUGGUACGGUCCAGAACAACAGACCAAGUAUAUGCCAUGAAGAUACUUAACAAAUGGGAGAUGUUGAAAAGGGCUGAGACGGCCUGUUUUAUGGAGGAGAGAGACGUCCUGGUGAAAGGAGACAAGAGAUGGAUAACCAAGCUGCAUUAUGCCUUCCAAGACGAAGAUUAUUUGUAUCUGGUCAUGGAUUACUACAGUGGAGGGGACCUCCUAACGUUGUUGAGCAAGUUUGAGGACCGACUUCCAGAAGACAUGGCCCGCUUCUACGUAGCUGAGAUGAUCCUGGCUGUGGACUCCAUCCACAGACUAGGUUAUGUGCACAGGGAUAUCAAACCUGACAAUGUUCUGUUGGAUGUCAAUGGUCACAUACGGUUAGCAGACUUUGGGUCCUGCCUGAAGCUGGGGGAAGAUGGCACGGUCCAGUCCUCCGUGGCUGUGGGUACUCCAGACUACAUCUCUCCAGAGAUCCUACAGGCUAUGGAGGAUGGGAAGGGCAGAUACGGCGCUGAGUGUGACUGGUGGUCGCUGGGCGUCUGUAUGUACGAGAUGCUAUUCGGCGAGACGCCGUUUUACGCUGAGUCCCUGGUGGAGACGUACGGCAAAAUCAUGAACCAUCAAGAGAGGUUUGGUUUUCCCGAUGACAUCACAGACGUUUCUGAUGCAGCCAAAGACAUCAUAAGAAGAUUAAUAUGUGACCAAGCGGAGAGAUUAGGACAGAAUGGCAUCCAGGACUUCCAGGGACACCCCUUCUUCCAGGGCAUCGACUGGACCAACAUUUGGGACAUGGACCCUCCCUACAUUCCUGAUGUGUCCAGCCCCACGGACACGUCCAACUUCGACGUGGAGGACACCGACUUCAAGCAAUAUGAGUCAGUACCUCCUGCCUCCCAUACAGCGUUUACAGGUCAUCAUCUGCCCUUCGUAGGAUUCACAUUCACAAGUAAUAGUAAAAUAUCAGAUGCAGUAAGUUUUCAAGAUGGCAUCGAGAAGAGCCAGUCCUCAGUCACAUCCAACUCUGCACCCGACAGCCUCUCUAUCGAGGCCUACGAGAGGAGAAUACAUCGGUUAGAGCGGGAAAAGACUGAAUUAGCUAGAAAGCUGCAGGACUCCACAAAGGCCCUGCAGGCCACAGCCACAGUAGUUGAUGGGUUAGACAACAGCAAGCCUAAUGCAACCUCUGAUGUGGAGACCAGGCGUUUAAAGGACGAAGUGGCAUCCUUGAAGAAAAAGAUAGCAGAAACGAAUGUAGAUCAGCUGAAAAAGGACCUGCAAGAUGCUAUGGAACUCCGGGGGGAAUUGGAGAACAUAGGAGAAGAAAAAGCAGCACGAGUGAAACAGUUGGAGAAGCAGAUUCGUGUUCUUAAGGCUGACAAAGAAGACUACCACAGGGAGUUAAUCGAAGCACAGGAGCGACUGAAGACACAGAAUAAAGAGCUGAAGGAUGCACACGCUCAGAGGAGACUGGCCAUGCAGGAGUUCUCAGAGAUCAAUGACAAAAUGUCGGAGCUUCGGUCUCAGAAGCAGAAGUUGUCUCGCCUGGUCCGAGAGAAGGAGGAUGAAAUCGACAUCGCCAUGCAGAAGGUGGAGAACCUUCGUCACGACGUCCGCAAGCUGGACAAGGCCAAGAAAGAUUUACAGGCUACAGUUGACGACCUGCAGGCUGAGAUUCAGAAGGAGCGGAAGUUGCGGGAAAGAGGAGACCAGUACUCCAAACAGCUGGAGGAUGAGCUCGAGACCCUCAAGAGACGACAGGUGGGGAGAUCCUCAAGUAUUGGGGACAGUGAGAAGGAAAAGGAACUGGCAAGGGUAAAGGCCGAGCUGGAGAAGAAAGAAGUGUUCUUAGAGGAAGAGCUGGCCAGAACACAGGCUGCACAUUCUAAGGAAGUCAAGAGCCUGAAGGAGCAGCUGCAGGAUGCGGAAACCUCGCAGGCCAAGCUGCAGCGGGAGGUACAGGUGCUGCAGGACAAAGUCGGACAGACCAGGAGAGAAAGCGUGAAUGAACACCAGGAAAUGAUUGCUGACAUGCAGCGCAAGCAUGAGAGGGAGAAGAACAUGCUACAGGAAGAGAACAGAAAACUCAUCUCAGAGAUUGACAAGCUGUCAUCGGCCAAUGAGAAGCUGAUCAUCACCAGCCGACAGUAUGAGGAGGAGCUACGGGAGAUGGCAGAGAAGAAGGAGUCUGUGGCACACUGGGAGGCACAGAUUGCAGAAAUCAUACAGUGGGUUAGUGAUGAGAAGGAAUCACGUGGCUACCUUCAGUCACUGGCCAGUAAGAUGACUGAGGAACUGGAGGGACUCAAGAUGUCUGGUGUUGGGGCUCGGUCUGAGAAGAACUGGCAGAUGAGACGUUCGCAGAAGCUGGACAAACAGGAGCUGCUGGCCCUGCAGUCCAACCUGCGCUCAGAGAUCGAGGCCAAACAGGCCAUCAGCGAGGAACUGACCAGGGUCAAGGAGUCACACAUGGCGGCCGAGAGCAAACUGCGAGAGUCGGAAGCCAAGGUGGAGGAACUGACAGAAGAAGUGGAGAUGUUGAGAAGAGAAAUCGGCGAGCUCCGUGUCAGCCAGCCCAUAUCCAACGAUCUCCUCGCCACCACAUGGCCUCUGCAGGGAGACUCCAGCUGGGCCAUUGCCCAAGACGAUUCGGGUAUUCCCUGGCCCAUUAGGGCACAAUCCCACGCGACAGACCGUCCCGACUCUCAGAUGUCCUUCUUGACGUACUUCCAGAAGAACAGAUAUACUGAGAGACCAGAGGAGAGUGAUGAUGAGGUUUAUUUGAGUGAGAGCGAGGUGGAUUCCGUCAGUUUGGGGCGGGAGUCCAAGCCAGAGUCCAUCCCACAAACAGACUCCAGCAGUGAGCCUGAUGAGGACCUUCCACCUGCACCCCCCAGACCAGAUGUGAUGCCACGGCCCCCAUCUAUGUCAGGGCCCAGGCCCAAGGCCCACCAGUUCAUAGUGAAGACACUGACCAACCCAACCAAAUGUAACCACUGUACAUCGCUCAUGGUUGGGCUUGUGAGGCAGGGGGUUGUCUGUGAGACGUGCGGGUUUGUUUGCCAUGUGGCGUGUGCAGACAAAGCACCAGCAGUGUGCCCUGUGCCUGCCGACCAAACAAAGAGACCUUUGGGCAUUGAUCCACAGAGAGGAAUAGGAACAGCUUAUGAAGGCUAUGUCAAGGUUCCUCGUCCGGGAGGAGUGAAGAAGGGCUGGGUAAGACAGCUGGCUGUGGUGUGUGACUUCAAACUCUUCCUCUAUGAUGUCCCCGAAGGGAAGAAUGCCCAGCCUGGAGUGGUCGUGUCACAAGUGUUGGACAUGAGGGAUGAUGAGUUUUCUGUCAGCUCUGUCCUGGCAUCUGAUGUCAUCCAUGCCAACAGGAAAGACAUCCCCUGUAUAUUCCGGGUCACACAUUCCCAGCUGGACCCCCCGGGGCUGCAGUGCCAGACCCUGAUGCUGGCCGACAGCGAACACGACAAGGUCAAGUGGGUGGGAGCGCUGAACGAGCUCCACAAGAUCCUGAAGAAGAACAAGCUUCCUGACCGAUCUGUGGUUUCAUCAAACGAGCAGCCACUGGGAACUGUGAUCUACCAUGCGAAGGAAGUGUACGACAGUACCCUGCCUAUCAUCAGAACUGCGAUGAGUGCAGAGAUCUUAGAUCCAGAGAGAAUAGCACUAGGAACAGAAGAAGGACUGUUUGUUGUUGAACUGACCAAAGAUAGUAUUGUGAAAGUUGGGGAGGGAAAGAAAGUAUUCCAGAUAGAGGCAGUGGCUGAGGAACAAGUGGUGGUCGUCAUAUCAGGAAAGGGUCGCCACGUCCGCCUGCACCCCUGGGUGUCGCUGGACGGGUCCGAAGUGGAGUCCAUCAAGAUCCCCGAGACCAAGGGCUGUACUAUGUUUGCAAUGGGUGCCAUACGCCAGGGGUCCACCACGUGUCUGUGCACGGCGGUCAAGCGGCACGUGUUUGUGUAUGAACUAAACAGGACUAAGACCAGGCACAAGAAGAUCAAGGACUUGACCAUGCCCAACAAUGUGCAGUGGAUGGCUGUGACCAAUGGCAGACUGUGUGCCGGGUGGCAGUCAGGGUUCGCUCUCUACAGUAUUCAGGGGGAAGGAAGCCCACAAUUGCUAAUCAACGGUGAAGACACCACCCUGUCGUUCCUGACCCAUAACCCCAUGGAUGCCAUGUACGCAGUAGAGAUCACCACCAGGGAAUACCUGCUCUGCUUCAACACCUGCGGUGUGUAUGUGGAUGCUAGUGGCAGGAGGUCCAGACAACAGGAACUCAUGUGGCCUGCACCACCCGUACAUCUCUGUUACAAUGCCCCAUAUCUACUGAGCUUCAGUGAGAACCAGGUGGACGUGUUUGAUGUGAACAAAGUAGAGUGGGUACAGACUAUGCCACUCAAAAAGACAAAGCCGCUGAACCAAGACGGCAGCAUAGCCCUGUACCUGGGUGGAGACCCCCCACGGCUCAUCUAUCUCAGGGAUGGCAGACAAGAGCGUGACGCUGUCGUGAUCCAGGACGUGGCGGAGCAGGGGAAGGGCAAACAGAUGAUCCGGUCUCGCCGCUCCAACCGACGCUUCUCCUUCAGAAACAAGGAAGACGACAGGGGAACUGCAGGCAGGAAACCUUCUUCCCUGUUUGCCUCCAGGAUCCCGUCCGACCCUGAGCGCCGCUCGAAGUUGAUUUCCGCGCCCAUGAACUUCAACCACGUGUCUCACAUGGGGCCUGGGGAUGGCAUACAGAUCCUCAGGGACCUGCCUGUGAGAGGGAAGAGAAGCUUUAAAAAGUCUACUGGUCCAGGCAAGGGCUCCCCGCUACUUUCCCAUCACACCGUGCAGCCCCGUCUGCCUGAGGGAGAGAGUCGUUCAGGGAUGGACCGUGUGAAGAGCCUGUUCCACCCCGCCCCUGCCGGCCCCCCUCCCCCGGCCCCCGCCGUGCCACAGCGCUCCCACACCAUGCCGUACCGCCCCGGCGUGGCCACGGGAUUCACCCACGAACACAACGGGAACGUCCUGAGCAGGAGGACUCCCCGGGCGGCUACAGCGGCCACAGUCAGCGUGCCAUGCAGUCUCCCGACGGCUCGGUGUCUUCCAUGGAGUCAGAGAGACAGAGGACCAGCAUACAGUACCUACAGGAGUACGAGCGGGAGGAUUCCGACUCUCCCAGACACUCCAUAGGCACAGGUUCUAACAACAGCUCCAACCUGAGCAGCCCCCCCAGUCCUCAGUCCCCCCGUAGGAUAAGCUACACAGACCCUGGUGGAGACCAGCCACCCCCCUGGGGACGGCCCGGGGGUGACCAGCCCCCACCCUGGGGAAGUGCGUCGGAUGCGUAAAUGUGACUGCAGUGCUGUGCUAUAUGAACCAAGUGCCAUCCCGUGUGCAUGUGACUGUAGCCAAGGUGGUGCCACCAAAGCCUCUCUCAGGGCAGCACAGCUUGUCCAGUCUGCCCCCCCCCCUCCUCCUGUCAUAACCUUAGCAAAUAUUACACGGAAAUAUCAGGACAGGUGGAAGGACAACCGCCACCUGAACGUAGUGUAUGAUUAUCUGUAGUUGUUUUGUUCCAUUUUGCCUUGUUCACCGUCUAUGGUGCUGCUCCCAAGGAUCUCUCCACUCUCCAGACAGGGAGAUCUGGUGUUGGGGGGCUCUUUUAGAAUUUGGCAGUAGAAGUCAUUGAACUGUAAACAAUAUAUAACCAUCGGAGUCCCCCACUUUGGCCAGAACAGUACUGUAAAUGCAUUUACAUUGUACCUUUGCAGUGGUUUUACUUCACAGUAGGAGGGAAAAGGAAGGUUUUUGCAUCCUCUGAAGUUAACGGUUGAAGUAAUUCUGUAGUACAAUUACUAUAAAACACAUAUUCGCAGUGUUAUGAUUUUCAGUAAGAGGUAACAGCGAAAACCGUGAAAAUAAAACCACUGCGAAAGUUCCUGUAUUUACAGUAUCUGAUUGCUUCAUAGCUUUUAAUCCACAAAUGAUAUCAACCUUUUUAUCAUAGACAAAAUAUCGUAAAUAGUUUAUGGUGUUAGGAUAUACUCCCAGGUCACUCAAUUAAGAAUUUUAAAAAAAGGAGAAAAAAAAUAAGAUAAGAUGUAGUUAGACUAGUGCAGCCUUCUCUGCCAUGUGGACUUCCAUGAGUAUGUAUGUCCUCUGAGAGAAGGUCUACCUGACCGACUCUACAGAGGUGUCUGUAAAUAACAAGUACAUGUAUGGCACAUGCUCUGUACAGGUCACUUAUAGCCAUGUCAUCAUGCAGUGAUAUAUGCAUCAUUGUCCCAAACACUAGUGUGUCCAUCCAAAAGACUUUUAGGGAAAACCAUUUUGAGCUAAGAUCUCAGGAUGUUUCAGAAAGAAGAGAAAAGUAGUGUGUUGAGGGUAAUUUUCAAUUGAAGGUGGUGGUAGCCAGAAGGGUAUGAUCAGGGAGAUACGAUCCAUGUACUUGAUGGGAAAAUUUGUGUUGUGAAACGUAAAAAUCCAGAAUAAUAACAGGUGACUAGCUCCCUGGACAUAUAACUUUACAUACACAUGUAUGCACUAAGGCUUUUAGCAAUUUUAUUGAAAAAAAAAUAUUUUGUCAUCAAUGGUUAAUUGAUUAUGGCAGCAUUGCAUGCAACAUGUAUGAAUUACAAUUUUCUAUUGGUUUUAAUAUGCAAAACGUCCUACGAGACUUUGUACUGUGAUUCUGGUGUCUUGAAGCAACCCAAGAACUACAGUAAAGACUAGACGGAAACCUCUGACCAGUAGAAAGUGUCAGGUAGAACUCUAAUGUAUAAUUAUGUAAUGUUGCUGGUGACCAUGAAUAAUGUAUACUAUUAUUUGCAAUAAUCAGUUCCAAUAGCAGAUAUACCGAAAAAUCUUCAUGUAAUAUUUUGUCUUCCACCUUUUUUCCAUGUGUAAAUGUGUGCUUUGAUUGACCUUUGUGUACUUCUUGUGAAUAAUGCGGCGUCAAUGUUAAAUAUUGCUGUAGAUGAGGAAAUCAAGACUGCAGGAAAAUUUUCUACUCCCCCCAUCACCACCAGUAGUAGCUUAACAUGUUUCAGCUUCACCCCAACAUAUAUUCAUAGUCUGGAAAACUGUAGCAACCAGAAAUAGGACAAAAAUGGGAUGAAAGUAGCAUACAACCCAGAGCAGUUGCAUGUUGUAAGAGGUCACGCAGUCUUUUGUAUAAUAUUCUUGUAUAUGUACAAAUAUGAAAUACAUCAUGGCAAUGUGUUACAACCA